GUGCGGUGCCUGCAGGCUGCGGCAGGUGCCCGGGGGUGAGGGAGCCGGGGCGAUGCUGGAAGAGGCGGGCGAGGUGCUGGAGUCGGUGCUGAAGGCCUCGUGCCUGCCGCUCAGCUUCCUGCUCUUCGUGCCGGCCGUGCUGCUGCUGCUGGGGCCGCCGCCCGCCGCCGAGGCCGCCCACGAGUUCACGGUCUAUCGCAUGCAGCAGUACGAGCUAGGCGGGCAGCCCUACGGCACCAGGAACGCGGUGUUAAACACAGAGGCCCGCACUCUAGAGGCGGACGUGUUGAGCCGCCGCUGCGUGAUGAUGCGGCUAGUGGAUUUCUCGUAUGAGCAGUACCAGAAGGCUCUCCGCCAGUCUGCUGGGGCUGUGGUGAUCAUCUUGCCCAAGGCCAUGUCAGCGCUGCCGCAGGAUGUUGUCAGGCAAUUCAUGGAGAUAGAACCAGAAAUGCUGGCCAUGGAAACCAUUGUGCCAGUCUAUUUUGCAGUAGAGGAUGAAGAGCUGCUCUCCAUCUAUGAACAAACACGGAUUGCUUCUACAUCACAAGGUUCAGCUUCAGCUGCUGAAGUUCUGCUGCACACGGCCACUGCCAACGGCUUCCAGAUGGUUACGAGUGGGGCUCAGAGCAAAGCUGUCAGUGACUGGCUCAUAACCAGCCUGGAGGGGAGGCUGACUGGCCUGGGAGGAGAGGACCUGCCCACCAUUGUAAUAGUUGCCCAUUAUGAUUCUUUCGGAGUGGCCCCGUGGCUGUCUCAUGGUGCAGACUCCAACGGCAGUGGCAUCUCUGGGCUACUGGAACUAGCCAGGCUCUUUUCUCGACUCUACACCUACAAACGUACCCAUGCUGGGUAUAAUCUGUUGUUCUUCGCAUCUGGAGGUGGUAAAUUUAACUAUCAAGGAACCAAGAGGUGGUUGGAAGACAACUUGGAUCACACAGAUUCCAGUUUGCUGCAGGAUAACGUGGCGUUUGUUCUGUGCCUUGACACCCUGGGCAGAGGGAACAGUCUUCACCUCCAUGUCUCAAAACCUCCCAAGGAGGGGACCCUGCAGCAUGCUUUUCUAAGGGAGUUGGAGAUGGUGGUCGCGAGCCAGUUUCCAGAAGUGAAAUUCUCCAUGGUGCACAAGAAGAUAAACCUGGCUGAGGACAUGCUGGCAUGGGAGCAUGAACGCUUUGCGAUCCGCCGCCUGCCUGCAUUCACCAUCUCCCACCUGGAGAGCCACCGGGAUGGCCUGCGCAACAGCAUCAUGGACUUGAGGUCACGAGUUGACUCUAAGACUCUAACCCGUAACACUAGGAUCAUUGCUGAGGCAUUGACUCGGGUCAUCUACAACCUCACUGAGAAGGGGGCGCCUGCUGACUUGCAGAUCUUCACAGAGCAGAUGCAGAUCCAGCAGGAGCAGCUUGAGUCUGUGAUGGACUGGCUGACCAGUCAGCCCAGAGCUGCCCAGCUUGUAGAUAAAGACAGCACCUUCCUCAACACCUUAGAGUAUUACAUGAGCCGCUAUCUGAAAGAUGUCAAGCAGCAUCAUGUGAAGGCAGAUAAACGGGACCCUGAGUUUGUUUUCUACGACCAGUUGAAGCAGGUGAUGAACGCAUAUAGGGUCAAGCCAGCAAUCUUUGACCUGCUCCUGGCUCUCUGUAUAGUAGCCUACCUCGGAGUUGCCUAUGUUGCAGUCCAGCACUUUGGUCUCCUUUACAAAACGGUACAGAGGUUAUCCCUUAAAUCCAAGCAGCAGUGAAGCGACAAAUCACCAACCCAUCGAGCAGCACUGAGCCACCGGUGAGCCCAGCAGGAGUUUCUGCCUUCCACUGGCUCCUGCCAUUUCUCCCUCUCUCCUCUAACCAGCCUGGAGGAAAGCAGAGAUUAACACAACUUCCAACUCCUGUGCACCUUCUUUAGGUCUCCCCGCAACUUGCCCAUUUUCCUUCAUUUUGUGGCGAGGGAGAUGUGCAGAGACUCGGUCAAUCCCUGCAGAUUGUUUAAACACUGAAUGGCUGAUGUAAAGUUUCUGCCGAACAAGAAGUUUCUGUGAGUGUGAAGGUGCUGAACCUGGUUUCACAGACGUGUGCCAUACAGCCAGCUUGAAGGCUAAAUCCACGGGGCAAAGGGACGGACAGCUCUGCCCAGCCAACUGGACUCAGAGCACUUGUUUUUUAAAAAAAAAAAUGUGCACAUGUGAAUUAAAAGAUAAUUAUUAGCA